AUGGCGUCGAUUUCGACCCUAUCGCCACUUCCCCUGCUUUCUUCUCCGGCGACUUCUUUGUCGCCUCUAAAAAACCCAUUUUUCGGACAAUUUAACAAAAACCCAUCAAGAAAAUGUUGUCGGAGAGUUAAAAACAGCAAAGUUACCAGCUUUCUUGAUUUGGAACCCAAGUCAAAACCAGAGCCCCUGAAUUUCGACCUCCCCCGGUUCAACCCUGCUGCAGAUCGGACCCGGUUCGACGUCAUCGUCAUCGGUGCAGGUCCAGCCGGUCUCCGGACCGCCGAUCUGAUCUCCCAACACGGUGUCAAGGUAUGCUGCGUUGACCCUUCACCCCUUUCCGUGUGGCCCAACAACUACGGCGUUUGGGUGGACGAGUUCCAGAGUUUAGGACUCGAAGACUGUCUGGACAAGACGUGGCCCAUGACCUGUAUUCACAUCAACGACCAAAAGACCAAGUAUUUGGACCGCGCCUACGGCCGAGUCAACCGGAACGAGCUGAAAUCCAAGUUACUCGCCGGUUGUGCCGCUAACGGCGUUCGAUUCCACGAGGCCAAGGCUCGGGGAAUCGAGCACGACGAGUUUGAGUCCUCGGUGGCUUGCGAUGAUGGGGCCCACUUGAAAGCCAGCCUCGUCGUGGACGCGAGCGGGUUCGGGAGCACCUUUGUCGAGUACGACAAGCCGAGGAAUCCCGGUUACCAACUCGCGCACGGCAUCCUAGCCGAGGUCGACGGGCACCCCUUUGACCUCGACAAAAUGGUUCUCAUGGAUUGGAGAGACUCUCAUUUAGGCAACGAGCCGUAUUUACGCGCCAACAAUUCCGAGCUCCCGACGUUUUUAUACGCUAUGCCGUUCGACUCCGACUUGAUCUUUCUAGAAGAAACCUCGCUCGUGAGCCGUCCGGUUUUGCCCUACGACGAGGUAAAGCACCGGAUGGUGGCGAGGCUUAGGCAUCUCGGCGUAAGGGUUAAAACGAUUGUGGAAGACGAGAAGUGCCUGAUCCCGAUGGGUGGCCCUCUCCCGAGGAUCCCCCAGCGCGUGAUGGCGAUCGGGGGCAAUUCUGGAAUUGUGCACCCCUCGACGGGGUACACAGUGGCCCGGACGAUGGAGCUGGCCCCAGGGCUUGCCAGGGCUGUGGUCGAGUGCCUCGGGUCGACCCGGAUGAUUCGUGGGGGCCCGAUGUGUCACAGGGUGUGGGAGAGUGUGUGGCCUCGGGAGAGGAGGUGGGAGAGGGAGUUUUACGAUUUCGGGAUGGAGACGUUGCUGAGGCUCGAUUUGGAAGGGACGAGGAGAUUUUUCGAUGCGUUUUUCGAGCUCGACCCGAGACUCUGGCAGGGGUUCUUGUCGUCGAGGCUAUCGAUUGGGGAGCUUUUCGGGCUCGGGUUGUGCCAGUUCGGGAACGGAUCGGGCCUUGCCAAGUUGGAUAUGGUGACCAAAUGCCCUGCCCCAAUGGUUAGGAUGCAAAUAUCAAGAACAAAAGUUCAUUUUCUUAGCUCCUCCAUCAUUCUUAUCCCGAAAUCCGGCAACCUCUUUACGUUUCCGGCCACCGUGACCAAGCUCCGGCGAGACCAACCUCAGUCCGCGCCUCCGAGCUUAAGAACCGCUAGAAAAUUGCGAACCAGCUCGAUCCGCGACCUGUACAGCUCCGUACGAGCACAGCACCGCACCAGCCCGCAUCCGCGGUCCACGAGCUCGAACCUUGCCCGCCCUUCACCUGCUCACAAGCCCCGUCGGGCCGUCGCUAUCCAUCUUCCUCAGCCGCAGCUCGAACGCCGGCGAGCCCCCACACGUCGGAAAACUUCUUCAAGCUCGGAACCACCCCGAGCUCCCAUUUCCAGCAAAGCCGCAGCUCAUCCUCCACACCAGCGACCUCGAUUCUCAUCAUUAUCAUCGACUCCAAUUCCGGCGACCCCCUUCACGCUGGAAAAUGCUCAACCCCGCCACCACAGCUCUGCCUCGAGCCUGCUGUACCACCCGGAGUCCGUACGACGUCCCGUUGCAGCCCUUCGCGCUUCUGGAGGGUUCUUGUCGUCGAGGCUAUCGAUUGGGGAGCUUUUCGGGCUCGGGUUGUGCCAGUUCGGGAACAGAUCGGGCCUUGUCAAGUUGGAUAUGGUGACCAAAUGCCCUGCACCAAUGGUUAGGAUGCUCCUCCAUCAUUCUUAUCCCGAAAUCCGGCAAGCUCUUUACGUUUCCGGCCACCGUGACCAAGUUCUGGGGAGACCAACCUCAGUCCGCGCCUCCCGAGCUAAAGAACCACUGGAAAAUUGCGAACCAGCUCGAUCUGCGACCUGUACAGCUCCGUACGCGCACAACACCGCACCAGCCCACAUCCGCGGUCCACGAGCUCAAACCUUGCAUGCCCCUCACCUUCUCACAAGCCCCGUCGGGCCGUCGCUGUCAAUCUUCCUCAGCCGCAGCUCGAACGCCGGCGAGCCCCCACACGUCGGAAAACUCCUCCAAGCUCGCAACCACCCUGAGCUCCCAUUUCCAGCAAAGCUGCAGCUCACCCUCCACACCGGCGACCUCGGUUCUCAUCAUUAUCGUCGACUCCAGUUCCGACGACCCCCUUCACGCCGGAAAACGCUCAACCCCGCCACCACAGCUCUGCCUCGAGCCUGCUGCACCACCCGGAGUCCGUACGACGUCCCGUUGCAGCCCUUCGCGCUUCUGGAGUCGCCCCAGCAUAGAACCGAGCCAUUCCCAGGACUAGAUUCGAGCUAG